CUUGAUCCAAAAUCACCUCUUAUUCCAUGUUCCACGAUCUUUUCAUUCCGCCCCAGUCACACGAAAACACUCUUCCGAAGGACAGUUGUGUUUUAUAACCUGUACUCUUUUGCCCCUUCAUUUCCAACCCAUCAACUCCCGUUGGGGUUGCAAAAAUCCAAGAUCUCCACUCCAGUCUAAUACAGCAAGAUGAUUGUGACGCGCGGAAUAUCAUUGACAAACUUUGUCGUGGCAUCAUCGGCACUCGCAUUCCAAGUUUUUGUCCUGUAUCCAUGGCACAAGCAGCUCGAUGACGGAUUCGAGGCUCUUAAGAAAGAGCACCUCCGAGUCCUAAAGUCUCUCGAACAGCUACAGCAUGACAGCCGGAAGCAGCUUGACGAACGAUUGGCUUAAGAUAUGGAUGGAUCACUACGGCGAAAUGAGGCGAUAGAAUAGACGAGUUGGGUUAAUCAAACGCGGCAUAGACACGGCCUCCUUCUCGAUAGUAAUGUCGGAUUACAUGAGCCAACGAAAAUAUAUACUGAGGACAAUGUACAGGGGUCUUACAAUGAGCUUAUCGAGUGUCUUGUACUUUCCAGAUUUGAAACAGCGAUGUAGUACUGCCUUGAAAGUCGAGAGCUUGUAACAUUAGCCACUCUUGAAUUGACGGACGAGCGACGCAAGCAAUGUGUUAAUUGAACUACGAUGCAUCAUUUUUCGAGGAAA